AGAAGGUUCAGCCAGCCGCCUGCCUCGGCCAUUCACAGACACACACAACUACACAAGAGCUCUCAGCUGCUGCCCACUUCUCUUGAUGAGCAGAGCUAGAGCUGCCUCCCUCCUGCGGCUUGAACAGGGAUGAGUGGACGGAGUCAUGCUGGUGAGACUGGGAUUCGUGGUCGUCGCAUCCGUCGCCGCCUUCACUCUUAAGCGAGGAAGAGGACCUAACAAAGACAAUGGCCAAGCAAGGAAAAGGAAGGACAAGGCUAGGAGUUCUGAACAUGGGGAGAAAGAAGAAGAGAAGGAAGAGGUUAAGACGAUCAGCGGCAUAAUCAACUCCGUAGAAGACGACGACGAUGAUAUGUUCUCGGAGAUCGAGAGCCUCCUGUCAGGGGAGAUCGACAUUCCGAUACCAAGCGACAGGUUCGACGUCAAAGAACGGUCUCGGUACAAUGCGCACAUGGCCAACAACGGGGCCGAGAUGGAGCGGCUGCGUGGCCUGGUGAGGGAGCUGGAGGAGAGGGAGGUGAAGCUCGAAGGUGAGCUGCUCGAGUACUAUGGCCUCAAGGAGCAAGAGACUGACGUCACUGAGCUGCAGAAGCAGCUUAAGAUCAAGACGGUGGAGGUCGACAUGCUCAACAUCACCAUCAGCUCGCUGCAAGCGGAGAGGAAGAAGCUGCAGGACGACGUUGUCCGCGGCGCAGCAACCAAGAAAGAGCUCGAAGCGUCGAGGAGCAGGAUUAGAGAGCUGCAGAGGCAGAUACAGAUGGAGGCAAACCAAACAAAAGGCCAGCUGAUGCUGCUGAAGCAGCAGGUAAUGGGGUUGAAGGCCAAGGAAGAAGAGGUGGCCAAGAAGGACGCAGAGAUCGAACAAAAGCUGAAGAAGCUCAAGGAGCUGGAAGUGGAGGUGCUUGAGCUCAGGAGGAAGAACAAGGAGCUGUUGUAUGAGAAGAGGGAUCUCAUAGUGAAGUUGGAUGCAGCACAAGGAAAAAUAACAGAGAGUGAUGUAGUUGCCCAUGCAAGAGAGGAGAUCAGCAAUUUAAGACAUACAAAUGAGGACCUAACGAAGCAAGUCGAAGGCCUACAAAUGAAUAGAUUCAGUGAAGUAGAAGAGCUGGUGUACCUGCGUUGGGUCAAUGCUUGUCUGAGAUUUGAGCUCCGCAACUACCAGACACCAUCUGGGAAAAUCUCUGCACGCGACCUCAACAGGACGCUUAGCCCCAAAUCACAGGCGAGGGCCAAACAGCUAAUGUUGGAAUACGGAUCUGAACGAGGUCAGGGUGACACAGACCUCGAUAGUGCUUCUUCUGCACCUUCUUCCCCCAGAAGCGAAGACUUCGACACCGUUUCAAUCGACAGCUCUUCCAGCAGAUAUAGCUUCUUAAGCAAAAGGCCCAAUCUGAUGCAAAAACUUAAGAAGUGGGGAAGGAGCAAGGAUGACAGCAGCAAUUUAUCAUCCCCGACACAAUCCCUGACAAGUGGCUCUCCAAAGAGGAGCCAAAAACCUAAAGGCCCCCUGGAAUCUCUCAUGCUCAGAAAUGCAGGAGAUGGUAUGUCCAUAACAACGUUUGGAAAGAGGGAGCAAGAUUCCAGUGACAUACUGGAUGAGGCAAAUGUUGCAUCUUCUUUCCAAUUGAUGUCAAAGAAUGUCGAAGGCUUUGCUGAUGAGAAGUAUCCAGCUUAUAAAGACCGGCAUAAGCUUGCUACAGAACGGGAGAAGGCAAUAAAAGAGAAGGCCGAACAAGCUAGAGCACAGAGGUUUGGUGGUGGCUAUAGUUCAGCUCUUGUUCCCUCUCCAAAAGCUGCACUCCCCCCAAAACUUGCACAAAUAAAGGAGAAGAAGGUCCCUGCAGUUAAUGCUGAAUCCGGCGACCAAUCUAGUGAUAACCAGAACAACCCCCUGGCGGUGACCCAGUUGAAGCUUGCACAAAUUGAGAAGAGAGCUCCAAGAGUGCCCCGUCCACCUCCCACGGCAUCAGCCAUUGCUUCUGGACCUACCAAUACUGCAAGCGGUGCACCUCCGCCGCCACGCCCACCUGGUGCACCUCCUCCUCCACCACCUCCUGGGAAACCUGGCGGCCCACCGCCACCGCCGCCUCCUCCUGGGUCUCUAUCCAGGAGCCUCGCUGGUGGUGAAAAGGUACACCGUGCUCCGGAGGUCGUGGAGUUUUAUCAGAGUCUCAUGAAGCGUGAAGCUAAGAACACAACCUCUUUGGGAUCAAAGACAUCAAGUGUUUCUGAUAACAGAAGCAACAUGAUCGGAGAGAUUGAGAACAGAUCGACAUUCCUCUUAGCUGUCAAAGCUGAUGUGGAGACACAAGGAGACUUUGUCGAGUCUCUAGCAAGUGAGGUCCGAGCAGCGAGAUUCGUAAAUAUUGAUGAUGUUGUUGCCUUUGUACAUUGGCUGGAUGAGGAGUUAGCAUUCUUGGUUGAUGAGCGAGCAGUCCUGAAGCACUUUGAUUGGCCAGAGAGCAAAACUGAUGCAUUAAGAGAGGCAGCCUUUGAGUACCAAGACCUGUUGAAACUAGAGAACAAGGCUACGUCCUUUGCCGAUGAUCCAAAGCUUCCAUGUGAAGAAGCUCUGAAGAAGAUGUACUCGUUGCUUGAAAAAGUGGAGCAGACUGUCUAUGCCCUUCUCCGUACAAGAGACAUGACCACCUCACGCUACAAGGAGUAUGGAAUACCAGUUGAUUGGCUAUCUGAUUCUGGAAAAGUUGGCAAGAUCAAAUUGGCAUCUGUUCAGCUGGCAAAGAAGUACAUGGAGAGGGUUGCCUCAGAACUUGAUGCUUUAGAAGGCACUGAGAAAGAGCCAAAUAGGGAGUUCUUGCUUCUCCAGGGUGUCAGAUUCGCUUUCCGAGUUCAUCAGUUUGCUGGAGGCUUUGAUGCGGACAGCAUGAAAGUUUUUGAAGAGCUGAGAAGCAAGAUGACCACACAGACAUCCGGUCCUCCGGCAUCUGAUACAUGAGUGGAAUCAGGACUCUACACUUAAUCUAUUCUAUUUAUUGAGGAGGCAUGAUUAGUUACACUAAAAAAAAGAAGGCAUGAUUAGUUGGCUAGCUAAAAUGUACAAAAGAGGAACUGUAAAUUCCAGUGUUGUCUCAACCAAGUUGUAUAUGUCAGGAAGGGAAUACAAGUCCACAGGUUCUGAUUAUAUGUAUACUGGUUUUUGUCUUUGUCUAUUCGGUUACUUUGUAAUCGGGCAGUUUGUCAAAACUUAACCACAGCAUGAGUGACAGAGUGAGAUACCUAGCUUUCU